ACGGUAUUGGAACCGAGAAGAAGUAAAGAGAGGACUGAGUGAAGUUUAAAACAGCAUCCAAAGAAACGAAAGAAUCCACGAUGGCUGCUGCGGGGCGCCGAGGAAAGUUGAGUUUGAAAAGAAAUAGGAAUGAUGAUGAUAAGCCAUCGAUAUCCUUUAAGAAACCAGCCCUAACACCAAAAAGUGAAGUUUGGGAGAGAGACAUCAACAACAGCAAAGUUGAACCCGAGAUGUAUGGGGAAGAUCGGUUGAGUCGGACCCCAAAAGUAACAAAAGAAAUUUCUUCCAGUCUUACUACAGAAACUCGACAAAACCAAGAGUGGACUAGUCUUCCUGAGUUAGCACCUUGGUUUGGUCUUAAGGGGAAAGAGAAGGAAGACUCUCCGAAACUUGAAAUCAUCAAGAUGGGUACAGUCUCCAUUGAAUGGCGCCCUCUUCCCAAACACUGUCAGCUUUGCCUGGUCAGAACCAGCCACAAGAGGGCGGUACAACUUCAGGAACUCUCCGCCGGAUGUCUCGGCCUUGAGACAAAGAGCGCAGCGCCGGUGUCUGGCGAAAAAACUCCAGCUUCUCUUCAGAGAUCAAAGACUUCAAGGAACGGGUUUGAGAACAGUGUGAGGAAGGAGACAGCCAAAGAAACUAUAAAUAUUGGAAGAACUGUGAGGGAAGAAAAUCUACCUGUCAAUGAGAAUCAUACGACCCCCCAAACUACAAAUGCGGGUGCUGAUUUACCUCUCAGAGAUAAACAUAGACACAGCAAGAGUUUUGUGAAGAAAAUUGAUGCCGGGAAAUUUCAGGACCUAACAAAAGAACAUUUUCAGGCCUCAAAUUCAGAAACCAAAGGUGUGCAAGCAUUGCUUGCAAGUUUGAAUACGGCGGGAAAUCAUAAAUCAGCAGAAGAAUUUGAAGUUGAAAGAAAAAGAUCAAGGAUGGAUAAUCAGGGCUCUCUUUCUUCUACCUCGAAAAACGUUGAUCUCGGACGAAGAACUGUGAGGAAAGAAGAUUUACCUCAACAGCCCUCAGCAGCCAAAGUUAAUGUUGAUUUGCCUCCUCAAGAUAACCACAGCAGGAGUUUCGAAAGGAAAAUUGAUGCCGGAAAACUUCAAAUCAAAAUUAAGAAAAUUGAUGCUGUGCAGAAUCUCGCUCAAGAUCUAAAGAAAGAACCCCUUUCGGCUGCAAAGUAUGAAACCAAAACUGUCAAAGCAAUGCCUUCAAGUUUCAAGACGGAGGGGAACCAUAAAGCAAUAGAGCUAAUUGAAGAUUUUGACUUUGAUAGAGAAAGAGCAAAAAGUUUCAAGACGGAGGGGAACCAUAAAGCAAUAGAGCUGAUUGAAGAUUUUGACUUAGAAAGAGAAAGAGCAAAAAGGAAGCAUAAUCAGGGGUCUCAUUCUUCUACCGUACAAAAUGCGCCUCAAACAGCAACAACAAUUCAUGUGAAGAAUACUUCAAAUGAAAGUUACGUAAAUGUUUCCGUCAAAGACUCAAAUUCUAUAGAGGUUAAAAGUAAUGAUGCACAAAUGGAGCUUAUCGAGGAGUUUGACUUUGAAAAGGUAAGGUUGAAACAAAGCUAUCGACCGGAGAGUGAAAACUCCAACUCAAACAACCAAACCUCUCUUGGUAAAGAGAGUGGCUCAGUCAAGAAGCGUUUUCCAUCGCCACUUGCCAAGAAGAAAUCCAAGAUGGUGAACCAUUCCAACAGCACCAUAAUGAGUCAUUUUAAGAAAUGCAACUUGCCUUUAGAGUCAAACAAACUUGGAUCGGUUAGAUCCUCACCUAAGUCAUCUGAAAAGCUCUUAACAAUGCAGCUUGGUGAUGUUUCUCGGACCUCUUCUCCAGCAGGAGGAGAAAUUUUGGACAUGAAAGUUCUCUCACCGGAAAUCAUCGUCUUAGACAGCGAUGGCGAGGAUGAAAUAUUGCCACCCUCACCAAAUACCCAAUGCUCAUCUUCCUUGAAUACCUCAAAAAGAAAACUCUCUGAAAUAUCGUUUGAAAAGGACAGGACAGCCGUUGCCAAGAAGCCAAAGCUUGUAGACACUGUGUCGACAGGUCCUGGCAUGAGUGGAAGCCUUGCCACAAAGUUGAUUCUUGAUCAGAAACUCUGCUCUUCUUCCCUGGCUUGGCAGAAACAGCCUUGUGGAAAGACAAUAACUUCACAAGCCACAAAGACACUAACUGGCAUAAAAACAACUGAAAUAAGAAAUGAUUCAAAAGUAUCUCCUAGUAUAGCAACAAAGAAGCCCCUUUUCAAGAGGAAACCCGAUAGACCCGGAGUAGAAGUGGAAAGGAUUGAGGAAUUUACAAGAAAAAAUUAUGUAAGCUUAGGCUCUAUCAGAGUUCCGAAGCAGGGGACUCUGAGUCAGGCAACCCUGCCAAUAAGACAAAAUUUCACAAAAACAAACGAUGGAAAAAUGACCGCCUCAACAACCAUGCUUACCAAAUCUCUUGGGGGAAAAACACCAAACAUUGCGAAGCAUCUCGGGCAGAAAGCAUCCUUAGUGGAACGCUCUCAUACUCCAAUAAAACCAAAACAGGUAGUCAGAGCACCUGAAACACAGAGAAGAGUGCCAGACGUAGCAAAUCAAUGGAUAGCCAAGACUAAUCAGUCAGGAUUCCAGACUGCUACAGACAAUUGUGAUGUUCACUCAAGACUCAAUGAUAGAAAUUACCAUGGAAGCUACCCCAAACCGGGCAUCACAACCCAUACCCAGUUUACUCAUAAAGGUAUCAAACGGGAUACUCAACACCCCGAUGGAGGUACAAACCAAGACCAGCAAGCCAAUCGGGGUACAAAGCAAGACCAAAACUUCAAGAGGGAUGGUCAUAGUGAAGUCAUAGAAGCUUGUCCUCUGUGUACAAUACCGUUCCAGCAGGGGUGGAGUCAACUUAAGAAAGACGAACAUAUCGCAAGGUGUCUAUUCCUAAGUGGAGCUGAUGCUACCUGGUAGAUGAACAUGUAGCCACAGUAGACUGGGACAUGUAUUGGUCUUACAGAACCAGCAAUAUAAUUGGAUACAACGAGAGGGCAAGGACUUUUUCACUUUACAAAGGGUUCCAUUAAAAAAUCUUAAAGUCUUUGAGAAACUUUUGAAGGGGUACUGAGGCAAGGGAUGAGAUUUGUCAGACUUUUUAGUUCAGCCUGGUGAAGAAAAUCAGCCGUUACUUUUUCCAUAAUAACAAAAUCAUUCUCUUUGAUCUACUUCUCUAGUGCUGAGAAAACUCCCUAAAUCUCAGUGGAAUCUAUAACUCCAGGGGUUACUGUACAGAUGGAAAAGCCAUAAUUUCAACAUACAUCAGCAGAAUUUGUACCCUAGUGUCAGACCAUUUUUUUUGUGAGCAAUGACUCUCAUCCCUGCAACAGUCUUGGGCAACAGAGGCCAUGGUCUUCUUGUAUUUCCCAGGCCUGCCCUAGAGUGUUGAUGCGUUCAGAGACACUGGAAACCUUUGGCAAUAUUGUCAAAGACCAGUCUUCUCACUUGGUGUAUCUCAACAUAUGCACAAAAUAACA